AUGCUACUGCUGUGGAGCAACUCCGUGGUAAAAAAUUUGCCACACGUCCCUUGGGGAUGCGCGCCCGAUACAUUUGAGUCAAACAACCUUCCUCAGGCUAUGCUGUCAAACCUGCAGCUAGCGGGAAUCCUCGGGUUGUUGCCUCAGCAUGCCGCUCCCCCGGCCGAAGUACAACCGCAAGGCGAGGCCCCCAAGGGGCAGGAAGCUAUUCCGCAACAGUCCAUGCACAUGAAGGAUGAGGGAGGACCCGACGCCGGAGCUUCAGCCGGGCCCUUACCCCCGUCUGAGCCUCAAGCCUCGGCGCCCAGCCAGCACCCCCACCAGCAUCCCCACCAACACAUGAUGCACAUGCAAGGUAUACCUCCUCAGCCGCGCUUUGCACCUCCGCCGGCGCGCUGGCCGCAGUCCGCCAUCUCAGCAGCACAUUGGGACUUCGCUGCAGCGGCGUGCGGGAUGCUCAGCCAGCAGCAGCCUCCAGGCGGGCCUCCUGGCGGGCCUCCAGGGCCUAUGGCUGUGCCGCCGGCCUUGCCAUCCUCUCAGCAGUCUGGAGCCUAUCCCAAUCCGCAGCAGGGCGUCCCCGCCCAAGCGCCUCCGGCCCAGAUACCGACCUCUAUGUCGGCAGCCCAGGGCAACGGGGCCCCGCAGACGCAGCCUGCCGGUCCCGUACCUGCCACAGCAGUUCCUGGACCGCCUCCAGCACAACCGGCUACAUCGUCGGGGCCUGUGCUCAGCAGCCAGAUGCCCGUGCACCAUCCAGCCAUGCCAGCCGUACGUGGAUACUCGUACGGCCCAUACGGCGAGCCGAGUCCCUACCCGCCCCACGUGCGGCCACCUCCUGGUCCCUAUCACCACCCGGCGAUGGCCGGGCCCCACGGGCACAUGGUCGCGUUCCACCCCGGCUUCCCGCCGGUGCAUCAUCUGCCCCAUCGCGGGCCUUAUUACCCCCAUGAUGGACGCUUCCCGCCGAUGGGCCCGUGCCAUCCCGGCUAUCCGCCACCGGGCUAUUACCGUGGCCAUCCUACACUACCGCCACCCCACCCGCAUCCGGCCUACCACUACAUGCCGCCACCGUACGGCGGUCACCAUCCUGCAAUGCAUCCCGGCAUGUAUCACAUGCCGCAAGGCGUACCUGGGACAGGCGGUCAGCAGCCGCAUGACGGACAUCCUCGCGACGGCACGGCAUCAGCAGCUUCCGCUGGUACUGCUGUCUGCGGCGGCAUUGGCUCGGAUGGCGGUACGGAUCCCGCUUCAGCUGCGAGGCAGGCUGCGAAGGUGAACGGCAGCAGCGGAGGUUCCGAGAGUGAGGAGGUGGGGCUCGAGGCCGUGAUCACAUUGCGACCGGGUGCCGCAGAUCAUGGAAACGCGUCAGGCGAGCGGGCGUCUGCUGGGCCCGAUGGCUCCGAGGACGUUUUGGCAGCAGGCGAGAAUUCGUGCAUUGACGCGUCCGGGCGACCUGUGCAAGCCCUGCCGCCGCCUGGCAUGGGCCCAGGCGGCGAAGUCCUUCCGGAGGGCGGCCCUGUGCACAUGCACAUGCACAAACUUGCACAUUGGCCACAUGCGGUGCCUCCACCGCCGCAUGCGGUCGGCGGGCCAAUGCCCGGCGUUGGGAGCUAUGAGUGGGCGCACCCGCCACCACCUCCUAUGAUGGCGGGCUAUCCCCCCCUCCAUCCGUCGGGGGCCUGGCCAUACCCGUUCGACCCGAUGGCGGCUGCCAUGCACCACCAGCACAUGAUGAUGGGUGAGGAUCUGCAGGAGGAAGAUCAUGCCGCCCUUGAGAUGCACCAAGCGCAGCGCAGGCGGCCUUCACAAUCGAGCUUAGGCGGUCAGCUAGGUGGUGGCAUGCCGUCGCAGCACCAGAUGCACUUGCAUCCAGCGAUGCGGCGGCCACCCUUUCCACAGCCACAACAUUCUGGUUACGUCAUGCCUGUGGGUGCGGGCAAGGGACCGUUCGGUGUUGACCCGGCGAUGCAGCGACCGGGCUCGGCGGAGGCACAGGCACAGGGCCCAGGAUCCCUUCAGAUGCAGCGCAGCGGCUCGUUGGGUCAGCUGUUUGCGGCUGCGGACGGCCAGUGCAAUGUGUCCAGGCGCACACAACGGCUGAAGAAGCGUCGUAGUGCUGACUCGGCCCCGCAGCAGCAGCCCGGCACAACGCCGGAUCCCUUCAUCGCGGCCAUGGCCGCGGCUGAGCGCGCUGCCAUGGGGCGCGACAGCUCCACCGGCAGUGGUGCGCAUGUUGGUUUGCCUCCCAUGUUCCCGGGCUCUGGGGGGGCGCGGCGUUCGUCCAACGGGUCAGACCGUACGGCUCUCCAGUGCAGGGCGUUGAUUCCCGGCAACAAUCGCCAGCGCUCGGACCCCGGCUACCUCAUCGAGAACGGCGACCAAGGCGUCGGGUGGGGACUAGGCGCUGGGGCCAUGGCGGGGCCAAUGGCGGGCCUUGGGCAACUUGUCCAUUACCCACAGCACAUGCAGCAACUGGCAGCGCCAGCACAGCCGCAACAGCUGCGGCGCCCAUCGGACAAUGGAUUGGGUGGUGGUGGCCGCGUCAUUAACCUGCCAAAGCGGUAUGCAUGCCUGGGCGGCGUUAGAAUACUUAACGGCCGGGCCGGGGUCAUCUUGGGACUUCCCAUGACAUCAGAGCUGAUUGAUGCUCGUACACCCCCUAUACGCUAUACCAGGUUUGAGGACGCCAUCAUGACACUUGAAUAUCCCAGGGGAUCCCACCCAGGCUAUGCGCCGGCCUUCCAAUAUGACACCUACGACGAUGCUGGGCCUGCACUGGAGGAGCCGGUGUACGAGGAGGAAGAGGAGGAAGCGCAGGACGUGGACUUGGGCGAUGUUGCCGACGAUAGCGACGAAGACUACGAGGCGGGCGCUGCGGCGCGCCGCGCUUACCGCGGCGGCCGGCAAGGCUGCGCGCCUAUUACGGACGUUGUGACACGCAAACGCAAAGCUCCUAUGAUGCGGGAGGAGCUUCCUCAGCCUGAGAAGAAGCGAAAAACGCGCGAUCCUGCCACGAUUUCCAAGGUGGUCCUCAAUUGCGUUACCAUUCUGCGUAUGGUCAACCAUGACCUGGUCUACGAGAAAGAGAUCCGCAACGCGCUGGGCAACAAUCCAGACACGUCCAAGGCCCUUCGGCUGUUGAUGAACCAGGGCAAGCUGGUCCGGACCGGCCAGGGCGGCCGCGGCAACCCUUUCUGCUACAGGUGCACACAGCUCGGCAUUGAGACCCUGCAGCGCAUUGAGGACGCCGCCACGCCGGAUGACGAUCCAGCUGCAGGCCCUAACCAGGAGCAGCGCGCUGCGGCGGUAGCCGUUGUGAGGCCGCCGGAGGAGUGCUGA